AGAUAGCGGAAGGAAUAGAAGGAAAGAGAUUUAGAGAACGAGGAAUAAAAAUAGAGACAGAUUUAAUUUUUAGAUUGGCAAAAAGAGAGGCUGGCAAUAGUCAAUAAAAGGGAGCUGAAAUAUACAUUUGUAUACACAGGGAGAAUACACAGGAGGCGGUUAUAUACUGAUAAAUUUAACUGCAGAGAGAGGCUAAAAUACAAGACUGACCUGCUGUGCAUUUUUUUCUUAAUUUAUGCUUCUACUGGGACUAAGAAGGGUUGAGAGACACUCAAGGCCAGCAAGGUAAAUUUGUAAUGGGACUGGGAGACUGAGGUUCAGAGAGAUAAACAAAGGGACAGCUGUGGAUCUAGACUAAGAGAGGGACCGCAAGAGGGACUGAGAUGGACAAAGAGAUGGAGUCAUUCAGACAAAGAGACAGCUAACAACAAUUCUCUCUAGAAGAAAGACUGUGAGAUAUAUACACAAAAAUAAUACCAAUACACCAGGAAAACACACUUAGAAAUAAAGAGCAGAAACAAACCCAGGGAAAUUUUAAAAACAGGGUGAAGGGUCAGAGGGCCAGAUAUAGGCUAUUGAGAAGCAGAAAGCAUAGGGCAGUGAUCAAAAUAGGACCCACAGAGAGAAAGUGACAUUAGGCUGAGGCAUUGAGGGCAUUAGCAAAGCUGGGAGAAAGAAGCUGAGAUAUUGUGUGAGAGAGAUUUUCAAUCUUACAGACAAGCAAAGAGAGAAUGAGAGGGACAGAGAAACAAGACUUUAAGUCAAAAAUCUGAAGGGAGGGAGUGAGAAAUAAACUAAUGAAAAGAAUGCAGAGAGAGCCAGGACAAUAGAACUUAUUGUGACAGACUGAUACGUUGAGAAGAGAAAGAGAGAGAGGAACUGGAUCAUAGAACAAAAAGAGAAGUCUGAGAUUAAGACAGGCACAAACAAACUGUGUCAGGAUAUACAGGGACAGAAAAUAGUCAGGGGCAGGGGAAGAUUUAUAGAGCCUGAUAUUGAGAGAAGUGGAGAGACGCAUGCAGAGGUGUUCAGCAUUAAAAUAAUCUAGUUUAACAAUAUUACACUAGUCACAAGUUUAUAUUGGGUUUAGAAUGGGGACAGAAUAGAUUUGUGAAUAAUUCAGAAAAAGAGCAGUAACACAGCAAGGUAUGUAAAGAAAGAGUGGAAGAUUCAAAAGCAGUUGUGUGCAGAUUAAUGGGCAGAGUAGAGGCAGAGCAGGAGGACUAGAGUGCAUUGAGCUUGCGGGGAGUAGCAGGCAGGCUCAGAGACACAACAAUUGGUGGAGGAGCAGCAGGAGAUCGAGACCAGUCACUCAAAGCUGUGACAUUGUCAGGACCGGUAUGGCCACAGAGAGCAGCAGUAUGGCCACAGAGAGCAGCAGCCUGUCCGACCUGAACCAAGACAAGUACGAUGGGGACGAGCACAUCAAAAUUAUCUGUCUGGGAGACAGCGCUGUUGGAAAAUCCAAGUUGAUGGAAAGGUUCCUGAUGGACGGAUAUCGCCCCCAGCAGUUGUCCACUUAUGCACUGACGCUGUACAAGUACACUACCACUGUCAAUGACAAGACUGUUUUAGUGGAUUUCUGGGACACAGCGGGGCAAGAACGUUUUCAGAGUAUGCACCCAUCUUAUUACCAUAAGGCACAUGCCUGUAUCAUGGUGUUUGACGUCCAGCGGAAGAUAACUUACAAAAAUCUGAGUAACUGGUACACAGAGCUGAGGGAGUCUCGGCCCGAAAUCCCCUGUGUGGUUGUUGCUAACAAAAUAGAUGCCGACCUGAAAAUCACACAGAAAAGCUUCAACUUCGCCAAGAAACAGGGGCUGCCCUUUUAUUUUGUGUCGGCAGCAGACGGAACCAAUGUUGUCAAGCUGUUUCGAGACACGAUAAAGCUAGCAGUGUCAUACAAGCAGAACACUAGUGAUUUCAUGGAUGAAGUCAUGCGGGAGCUGGAGAACUUUGACCUUGAAACAAAGGAGGACACAGCGGCCAAGAAUGAUGACCAAUCAAAGGAUGAGAAAUCCCAAUCACCAUGACAAUGUUCGCAGAGGGGAGGAGCCUUGAUAUUGGAGCGAAGACUUGGAUACGCUCAGCUGUACACUGCAGGAAGAGACUCGACUCUGACCUCUCAACUUUAACACCCAUCUGUCCAGACUGAGCAAGGAGCUUGGCUGAAGUACAAGGGCAAUGGCAAACUGGAUUGCAUGCUUGGGAGGGACUAUAUUCUCCCAUACAUUCCUCACCCCCUGAUUCGAGCUGUUCGUCUAUUUAAAAAAAAACAGCAGGUGAAGAAAGGACAGUUGUUGUUCAACGUUUUGGGUGAGGUGGGAGAUGAAUGAGAAGAACACAAUAUCUUGUAGCUCUGAUGUUUAUGUACAAUAACAUGUCUGCAUCUUUUCUCAUGCUAGCGAGUAGCAGUGUGCAGAAAUGUCCCUACCCCCAGUUCUGUGUGUUGUCAUAGUGACCUUGGCCUUGCACUCGAAUAAUUGAUUAUAAAUUGCUGUCUGUUGUGUGAGCCUCUCUGCUUGACCCUUUCUGUGGAGCUUUGUAUUACUUUGUGAUGUUACUUUCACCUGUGCUGGGUGUGAAACCAGGUGAAGUCUCAGGGUCACGCGUGCCCAGUAUGGGUGAACCUACCCCCCAUCUGGUGCAGGUUAGAAACACAAAGGCUAAGGUGAAAAAGAAAACAAGCCAUUUGUAGUUCUCUGGGUCACUGGAUGUGAAAAUGCACCACGUGGUGUGGUACUGGUAGUCCCAGCCACUGGUUCAACUCAGCUUUGCCAAAGCAGAGGCCUGGUGACUAGCCUCAGUACCAUUCUGGUGAAUCUAUCAUUUGUAUGGGCUGCCAUCCACUGGACAGUGGAGUAGCUUGCCCAGAAGUCACCUCUGGUCCCUUUGAACAAGCUACUAUUGGGAGGGUAAUGCACAUAGAAUCCAUACCCCAGUGAGAGUUGGUAUUUUCAGAAGAUUCAAAGAGUAAGUUCCGCAUUAUUGCUAUCUGUACGUUUAUGUUUCAUGGAGUUUGUAUUGCUCACUGCUCCUUGAUGUGUAUCAGCUCAGUGUGGCAUUAAUUAAAACAAUAUCCGAUUG